AUGAAUUGCAAGGCCAAGGAAAUCGUAACGGAUCCUGCGGCAGUUAAUGCGUUAAUAAGCAGAUUGGGCCAGGAGCUGGGUCAAGGCCUUUACGGGACUGUUCACUCUAUUGAUGGAGAGCAGGACAAAGUCGUCAAGGAAAUCAGCACUCUUGACCUUUCGGAACACUCCGUUGCGGCUCUUGAAAAGGGUAUUAUCACUCUUACGGAGUUGUCUCACCCCAACCUUAUCAGAUAUGAGGGUAUCUAUAAAUCUAAUAAUGCUAUUUAUAUGACAAUGGCACGCUAUGCUUGCUCUCUAGAAAGUACCGUUAGAGCAUAUAAGCGUACCAACAGAAGCUUUUCCACUGCUCAAGUCAUAGACGUGGCAAAGCAAAUAGGGAGCGCCUUAGAGUAUCUUCACAAUUCCGCGGACGCCCAUAACGAGGAUAAACGACAAGAGAUUGUUCACGGCGAUGUUAAGCUCGCCAACAUCUUGGUCAACAAGGAAGAAACAAAGUUUGUCCUGACUGACUUGGGCUUUGGAGAUCAGAACGCAACGACUGCGUUGAUGUACUGCAUUGCACCAGAGGUUCUGCUUGGGGACAAGCUAACUCCGGCUGCCGACAUGUGGAGCCUCGGGAUUGUGCUCUAUGAGCUCUCUUCAAAGCUGAAAACCCCUUUCCUUCUUGAAGCUAAGCAACCAAGGACCGUAUACGUCGCGGGCUGGACCCCGAAUCUUUCUGCUAUCAAGGACGUGACCAUUAGGAGUAUCCUGGAGCAUAUCUUGGUACUAAACCCUAAGGAACGCCUUACAGCAAGCAUGCUUAUGCAGGUCUUGAAGCCCCAGGAUGAAUUUUCUUCCAUAUCAAGCAUGCUCGAAAUCAGAACACUAAAGAAAAAAUUGGAAGAAAUGGAGGAAAAACUUAGGAGGUUGGAAGAAUAUUCUCAUGACCCUAACGUCUAUAAUGAGCCUUUUGAGUACUGA